AUGGUCACUGCUUAUAGUGGUAUGCAGGGUGACAAGGGAGGAGCCGUCCAAAAGGGUGAAGUGGACGAAGUGGCGGAGGCAGAUGGCAUAACGGACGACUGCCAGUGCGUGACUCACCCUCUUGGUGAGGACACUGUCCUGUUGAGCUCAUUACUUUAUGAGUAUUUGAUGGACAAUUUUGAAUCCAUCCAUCUUAUACUGAACACACGAAAAGUGAAAGACUCCCUUGUGCGUCAUGUAAAGGAGAAGGUACGAGAAUUGAGGAUGCAUGUGGAGGACUGCAAGCAUGCAUCACAGGACGAAGGUAAAACAAAAUUACUUAGAUAUGAUCCAUCCCUCCAAAUGGUCAGUCAGAUACACCUGGACGGGCUCCUGUUGCUAAGCACUGAUGAAACAGAUGUGGAGUAUAACCACAACUUGGUUAAAGUAGGAAUCGACCUGCAUCUGGAUAGAGGCGUUGCGACGGUGAUUUCUAACGAAUGCACCCUCAUUAGCAGAAAGUGGAACUACGACCUUGAUGGGAUUGUCACAGGGAAGGGCAAGAUGGUGGAUGGCAACUCGAAGGAAGCACAAGAGAAGGGACUGAACGGUGUAGACACAUCGAAGGAAGUAGCCACGCAAAACCAACUCAAAGUGGUACUCAGACGGAAUGUCAUGAAGGAUACCGAUGCCCUCCACUCCAUCGACGCCCGCAUCACACAAAACGAUGAGCGAGAAAUCGUCAAUCGACUUCUUAGUGCCAUCAAGUUACACUCGGUAAGUGGAGAAACCAAAUUGGAGGAUAAGAAGAAAAAGAUUUUAUUCCAAAAUUUUCACGAAUGGUGUUGUCCCCUCACCCCAUCGGCAAAUGACAUAAGAAGCAGAAUCCACCGGAUCAAUACCCUCCUGUUCGACCUGUUCGAACCUGAAUUUUACAACUCCACUUUGAAGAAGAGCAAUUCCAUAGGGUACAAAGAACUCUAUGAGCAAUAUCAUAACAUCAUGAUAAAGUCGAGGUACAUAAAAAUGAAUGACAUUUUUGUCGAGUACCUCCUGCUCGAUUCUGUUUUCCUCCCAAGUUAUGUAAAACGGAACACACUGCGGGCUGUACAGGAAGAGGAUAAUGAGUACUCGUCAUUGGAUUCAUAUUCGGACACAUCGUCGGAAGAGUCACAGGAUGGCACCCACUCAGAAAUGAAAAGUGCACACAUGGUUUGUAGCACUGAUGUAAAGGAAGAAACUAAGUUAGGGUGCCACGAAAGCGACCUCACGCAGAGUUACAUUCAGGAUGAUAAGUGCGAAAAGCGCAAACGACAGAACCUCUUCAAAAGCGAGCAGUUCCGGAGUCAACUGGAGGAAAUACAGGAAGCCAUCGAAUCACUGAACGGAAGUGUUUUCCUGCGAGUGAAUAACAAAAAUUUAAGGAAAGGAUCAUUCGUUAACAAUUUCAGCCUUGAGGUUAACACCCUAUAUGAUGCCCUACUAAUGCUGAAAAGCUCUACAGACGUUUACAAGGUGUUGAAACAGAAAGAAACGAACAGAGACAACUAUAUCAUUCUCUCAAAAUACGUAAAUCUCAACCUCUGCUUCCUUUUCGAUGUGUAUGUUUAUUCCAACAGUAUAGUGGCCGUGUCUCAGAAGUGUCUGAAUUAUUACUUCGACUUCCUGUCCAAACCAGACGUAAUAGAAGAAAUAAUACAGACGAUACGUAUCUUCUUCGAAAAACACAUUAAGGAGAGCUUCCCCCAGGACCACUACAUUUUGCAGUUAUACAUCCACACGUUUAAAAGAACGAAGAAGAAAAAAGUUCUCCUCAUAAAUGCCAAAAGAUGGCUCUUCAAAAACAAGCAUCCCGUUCUUACGAACAAAAUUUUUACUAACUAUCUCUUCACCGAUGGGGUGGAUGCCCCUGCAGGGGGGGGUGCAGAAGGGGGUACAGAUGUGGGCCACCCAAAUGGUACAGGCAUCUACAAAAUUGAUGCAUCCUCAUUUGAAGUAGAACCUCUCAAAGUACUUAAAAGGGUGAGCGGCGAGGUGCACAUGGCGACUGGCACAAAGGGGCGUCCGCAGCAUUGCACGCAGGAAAAGGAGGGGGGGAAGAACGAAGGCGGCACUGUCAAAGAGGAAACACAUUCUGAUCUAUACAUUUGUGAUGGCAUCCUCUACUACUGCAUCACGAAGGAUGAGGCGAUCUACAAGAAGAACGCGAAUUUGUACCCGAAGGACUUAAACUACGUCAAGGAGGGCGAAAUAGACAUGGACAGUUUGCUGGAGACGAUCAAAAUGCAAAACGAAGGCGCCCCGCGCGAUGACACUGCUCCUUGCUGA